AUGGUCCACCACCGCCGCCGUCGUCGUCGUCAUGGUCCAGUAAACGCCCGAACCCGCUCCGCUGGGUCCCUCCAAAAACUCGCAACAAAAUCCCUGGAUAGCGUCUCUGUCAAAGACGCCAAAAAUGCUACCGUUUCUUCGCCAUUGUCUGUCGUCGACGCACGCUCUGGUGAUCAUGCACACGAGCACCCUGCAACCAGGCCAUGCCCAGAGCAUGCCCACGAGGACCCGGUACAGACCCGGGCGAAUCAUGGGCUGCUCCAAGCAGCCACCCCUGAAGCGUUCCGCUCUCCCCUGGGACCUGGGGCGUUCCUGACGGUGAUGCAGGUCGUACGGUGGCGUACGCAAGCUGCUUCACCUAGUCUGCUCAAGCCUCCCCGAAGAAGGUUGCAUGCAGAAGCAAUGAUUGACCGGUCAGUUCCGUAUUCAGACAAAAUUCCCCGAACCAAAAACCGGAGUCAAAACUCCUCCGUGUAUCCUGGCUUCGCAAUCCGGCCGUCUCCGCCAUCGUCCAUAACCGGCUGUAAGGGGGGGACAGAAAACCUAGGCAAGCCAAGGCAAUAUAAGGUAAUUUUCUGUGGCUCUGAUGUUUCGUGGCCCGUCGUCCCGACGUUGCAGAGCCGGCUAUGUCCACUUCGGGCCUUCUGCUCGUCCUCGUCGAAGGUCCCACGUCCUGACACCAACGAAGUCUCGUCUUUUUUGCCUCGUCCCAUUCAGCCACCAAGGCCCCCAACAAGCCGGCGCUCGGGGAACGUUUGGCUCGCAUGCCCCCCUGCUUGCCCCUCCGCUUGGAUCGCCGUCGAAAAUCGCCAUCGCGAAAGACUGGGACCCGCCCCCUCGACGUCGUCCACAGUGGCCCCGGACCAAGCCCUCUUCGGCCACGCCCCGAACUGCCCGUCCGGCCCCAUGGCCUCGAGUCGGCAAUCCAUUAUAUCCAUCAGUCUAUUGCUCCGAUGCACCGCGACGCCUCCCGGCGCUAGUCGGCCCCAGGAGGGCCCACUUCAACCGCUCAUGGUCUCCUUCUAG